AUGGCCAUGGAUGACGGAGCAAGGCGACCUCACGUAGUCUUCCUCCCCACUCCCGGCAUGGGCCACCUCAUCCCCAUCUCCGAGCUCGCCAAACUCCUCGUCGACCGCCACCACUUCACCGUCACCAUCAUCGUCUUCUCCGAUUUCUCCAACAAAGCACAGGAAACUCUCCUUUCCUCCCUCCCUUCCUCCAUCACCUCCCUUCCCCUUCCCCCAAUCUCCCUCUCCGAUCUCCCCCAUGAUUCCCGCAUCGAAACCCGCAUCUCCGUCGCCUCAUCCCGCUCCAUCCCCUCACUUCGCUCCAUCCUCUCCAACCUCCUCUGCUCCACCAACCUCGUCGCCUUCGUCGCCGAUCUGUUCGCUUCCGCCGCCUGCGAUGCCGCCAAAGACCUCAAAAUCCCGCACUACAUCUUCAUCCCCACCAAUCUACUGUUCCUCACCCUCAUGUUUCAUCUCCCCUCUCUCAACGCCGAUCUCCAAUGCGAUUUCUGGGAGCUGGACCGCCCAGUCCAGCUCCCUGGCUUCCCUCCCAUCCCCGGCUCCGAAAUCCUCCACCCGCUUCAAGAUCGGAUGCUACAAAUGGAUGCUGGAACACGCAAGGCGUUACCUGGAGGCUGA